AUGUUCUCAUCUGGUCGUAUUUCUGCUAAAGAAAGAAUGCGAAAUUCGAAACCUGAUGAACAUGGUAUCCCGUUGUUGCCAUCUAGUGUUUUACCACCUUCUUACUCCUUCGAGGAUCUGUAUCGAGAGCUUGUCGACAAAAAACAGCAAGGUGAGGAUGAGGAACUAGAAAACCUCGUCAUCCUUGCCAGCAGCUUGAAGGAAAAUUCGAACAUAUCGAAAAAUGCAGAUGAUGAUAUAUGGCAUGAGAAGCUUGAAGACUAUUUAUCAAAGAAAUUACUACCUGAUGGCAAGAUAUUCUCGUUAGACAAGAUUGAUGAAGGAGACACCCCAGACAAAGUCCACCAAAUCAAGCAAUGUAAAGAGAAAUAUAGCCUCUGCAUUCUUGCAAUAGAGAACCUACUUAUUAUCUCUUCGAAAACAUCACAACCACCGAAGAACUCAACACUUCUUCCCCUCAUCCCAUUCACUAAUGCCAAUUACGCCUGGACGACUCCCCAGUCUCAACUCAUCGCCAUCACAAUACUCGGUAAAUAUGAAUCUUACGUAAAGUCUCCCGAGUUCUUGGUCAACCACCUUCUAAGAUCUUUUAUCCGUCUCAUAUUCUCUGAAGCCCCCACUCCCGAAUCCAUUACUGCAUCUUCCCGGAAAGCACUUCCAUCAUCUGCACCACCUCGUCAUUUCGAUAUCCUCGAGUCCUCUCCUUCAAAACAACCUUGGAGGUCAAAUAUUCCAUACACGAUACCUGUUUUACAAUGGAUCGUGAAUGUUAUUCCAUCGGAUCUUCUCCGUGCGCAAGCAUGGCCUCUAUUAACCACUCCUAUUCUGAUACUCCUCGAUUCACCAUCGAAUCCAAUCCGAAUCCACGCUCUUCGAAUCCUUCCCACGCUAUUUUCAAAAAUGGGUAAUAAAUUGCUUCAACAAACAGGACUAGGUGACGUUUUCGAGAACACUAUCCACCCAGUUUUGUUAUUCUUACCAUCUACGACACCCGUUGAAGAAACACUUAAAUUAUUGCCAGAGGGAUACAAAGCUUUAAAUGCACUUUGUAAUGCGAUAUGGCCUAGUAAGGGAGACGAAGAGGCUUCCAGCAGUGUAACCACCAUUGCCAUAAAGAAACCCUUGAAACACAACACCAUCCCUUCCAAAUCACCAGCUCAGCUUCGUCUCGCAUUUCUUGACAGAAUAAUUCGGCAUGCUAUUCUUCCCGCUUACUUACACUGUCAAGAAAUCCCUUCCGUGGUUGAGAUACUGGUUGUACAAAUCGGUAUCAUCAUCCCAGAGAUGAAUAUUUCGGGCGUGAAACAUCUCAAGGAUAUAUUGCCUAUAUUGGUAAAUAUUCUAUCGAACCCAUUCUUCCCUGAGACCUCUCCAUCACUCGUUAUCAAUACGCUGAAGACACUAAGAGGAGUGGCUCUCGUCCUUUGGCCACGUAUUAGUACUGAUGAACAUCGAUUGGUUAUUAUAAGUGCUUUGACACUUCUAAACUGCCAUAUUUGUUCAAAAGUAGAUGAAAAAUCUGAGGAAAAGAAAGGGAAAAAUUCGGAGAUAUUGAAUGAGCUACUAGAGACGGGAAAAGUAUUUACAGCGGUGGUCCAACAGGCAGGAGAUGAGAAAGAAAGAGAGAGUUUUGAGCAAGAGUUGGCGAGGAUUAUCGAGGCUGAUGGAACGCUGACUAGAGUUUUCCCGAGAUGA